AAUGGGCCACCGUUCUCGCGCUCCCACAUAUUAUACUCUCUCUCUAACUUUUAUAAAGAAUGCACCAAUUUUUUUCUCUCUCUUCCCAGUGUCCUCGCGUCCAGCUCCUGCAACAACAAAUGGAGACUGGUUUUAAGCCCACAUUGUUUCAAUUUCUUAAAAAACUGAGACCCUGACCAGUUUAUGAAAGCCCUAAUUCCAUGGAUUCCAAACAGCUCAUAGACUGCUUGGCUGAUCACAUUGCCCUGUACCACUCCUCUAUCCCCUCAAGCCCUAACCCUAAUGUCAGAGGUAGUACUAAUAUCCGAACCCCAAUUCUUAGCUGGUUCAAAACCCUAACUGUAGCUCAAAGGCAAGCAGCCCUAACAAUUGUUGACCAUCAAUGGACCCAAAUCCUUCUUCAAAUGCUUCACUAUCUGCAAUUCACCUCUCAUGGCUUCUUCAUCAUCCUUUCUGACCUCCCUUCAAGCCCUUCUUCAAUCCUUCCAACCCUCUGUUUCCGAAGAUCUCAUGGCCUUUUGAGUAGGGCCUACGUAGCUGACACCUCUGAGACCCAAAUUCAAAAGAGCCUCCUGCUAUUCAGUUCAGGCGAGGGGAGCUCAGAUGGAAAAUUUCUCUUUCAUCCAAAUGGCUCAGAGAAGAAAAUUCUCUCUCAUGCGAUUGGUGAAGAAGGGAAGUUUCUCUCUUAUGGGAUUGAUUCAGUUACAGUUUCCGAAGAGUUUGUUGCGAAUGUGGAUGAUUUUUCCAUCGUCAUGGAUAAGCUAUCAAAUGGUGGUUUUUUGACUGGUAAGGAAAAUGGGGGGUCGAGAUGGGAGGAAUUGGGGUGGUUAAAGGCAAAGGGGUAUUACAGCUUAGGGUCAUUUGUGGCAAAUGGAGUGGAAUUGGCUUUGAGGGCUUCAUGGACAGAGAAGGCCAGGAAGAAAGGGGCGAAGGAAAAACGGGGAUUUGGCGCUGGUUCCACAAACAAUGCGUUUUGGAGGGUUAAAGGGUGUGCGGAUUGGUGGAAAGGAUUGGAUUUUAGCGUUAAGAAGCGGGUUUUUGAUCUGGUUUCCAGCAAAUGCGCUAAACGCCUGGCAAAGGAGAUUGUUAAUGGGAAGCACACUGUUUUAGAAGUUGAUACACAAUUCUGUACAGUCAGUACUACGCCACAGUUGAAAAAUAGCCAUUUCAAUACAGAAUUUUUCUCGAGCAUCCACCCCAUUUCCGCCUCCAAAAUGGCUUCAUCCCUGGCCAAACUUUCCAAUGGAUUGCUUCUUCUUGAGAAGCUUUCAGUUUCUGGUUUUGCUUAUGAGAACAAAAUUCCUGACGAAGAGAAACUCUUCUUUAGCACAUUAGGUUCUGUUCAUAGUGUCUCAGACUAUAUUUUGAGGAGAGUUCGUGAAGUCCUCAUGAAGCUCUCAACUGAUUGUAUUAGAAUUGAUCUUUUGGGAGAUGACAACCACAAGGCCUCAGCAAAUAAAUGCAAAGGGAAGAGUAGCAAUAGCACUGUCUAUCAGAAAGAGAAAAAGGGAAAAGGUCGCAACAGGAGAAGCAUGCAUGUGGAAGUGAAGGCGGCGGAGGAUGAUCAUCUUCAACACGGUCGAUGCAAGGGUCAUGAGUGCAGAUCUGUUGAUAGGGAGGAAAAUAGUUCAAACAAUGGGAACAUGCAGAAUGCUCUCUCAGUGGGGACUCAUGAGACCAAUAGCAUGAUUGGCUCUGGAAAUCUGGAGGAUCAUCUAUGCCACAAGACAGUGGUCGAAGAAAUGAGCAUGGAACCCAUCAAGAAGUUGGUUGAUCCGGGUGUCGAUGCCAUCUGCAAGAAGAGAAGAAAGGGAAGGCUUAAGAGCAAGAAGAAAAAGUCAAGUUCAAAAAAUUCAGAUAAAAAUGAUGGUAACGAGGUGCACACCGUGAGUAAUGGGAAGUUCUCUGAAGGAUCCAAUUGUUUCUCUCAAGAAAAACAAGAGAAGAUUUUAGAGCCUAGUACCUUAAAUAAUGAUUUGGUUCUUGACCACUCCUCAGUGACUGAAAUUAGAGAUGUUCAGGGAGAUAUUUCUAGUUUUGGGUCCUUGCUUAAUCCAAAUGGAAGAGUGGCCAAGGUUCCAGAAGGUUUAGUUGCCCCAGGUGAGGAAGGGCUUGCAUCUCAUAAGUCAGGAUGCAUAGUUUCCAGUUUAUCACCAGCAUGUGUUUCUAACUCUCUAGACCCAUAUCAAUCUGUGAUGCCAAGUGGUGAAACUGCACAGCCUGAGAAGACAGAAGCCGAGAAUAACAACCAUCACAGUUUCACUCAUUCAAUUGGGUCCACAUCGUAUGAGUGGCCUAGCGUGACCCAUCUUCGUUUGCCACCUCGGAAUGCACGUCUCCCACCAGACACAGAUUGGUUGCAUUUAGAUGUCGGUCGCAGUUGGCUUAAACCCCAUCAACUUCCCACUAGAAAUUCAGCGAGGAAUGCUUCAAAUGAAGGUGGUCGGAGUAGAGUCUUGUCUUCCUGUGCUUUGCCAAUGAGUUUUGAUUGGCCACCAAUGGUGAGAAGCAUGAAUAGUUUGGCGUCAUCUUUUGCAUAUAAUUUUGAUCCUGGGUUUAUUCCUGGGCUAAACUCUUCAUUCUGCCCAACCUUCACCAUGCAUGGGCAUCAACUCGAUGGGGUGAAGAACGAGGAUGAGAGGAAGUACUUUGGGGCGACCCAAGACCACCAUGAUAAAAAACAUGCACAAGACCAGGUAGACGUGAAUGAAAACUAUUGGGUAUCAGAAGAAGAAUCUGAGUUUCUUCCAAUAUCUGCUAGAGAUUAUAACCAGUUUUUUGGUGGUGGUGUUAUGUAUUGGAACACAGCUGACCAUAUUGGCACUGGCUUUUCACGACCCCCUUCUAUGAGCUCUGAGGACAGUUCAUGGGCUUGGCAUGAAGCAGAGCUUAAUAGAGCCAUAGAUGACAUAGUUGGUGUGCCCGGUUUAUCUGGUUCUUACGGAACUGGCGGCCUCUCUUCUCCUCCUGCUGGGUCUUUUUGUUCUCCAUUUGAUCCUAUGGCCCCUAGCCUUGGUUAUGUCAUGCCAGGAAAUGAAACUAAUGGGAAGGUUCUUCAAGCUUCUUCAACAGCACAAGAAGUUCCAUCAGAGGAGAAACUCUCAAGCUCUUUGACCAACUCUCCUGUUAGUGUUGUAGAGGGAAUAACUGGGGAUUUGCUUCCAUGCCAUAUUUUGAGGCCUAUUGUUAUUCCCAAUCCUUCUAGGAAGGGAUCAAGGUCAGAGUUUAUGUUCAAUCAUGACCGAAAAAGCCCAUGUAUACCUCGAACUAUGAAGGAACCAUCACGUAUCAAAAGGCCGCCAUCACCCGUCGUGCUUUGUGUUCCACGGGCCCCACGACCUCCUCCACCAUCUCCUGUUGAUGAAUCUAGGAAACAGAGAGGGAUCCCAACAGUGAGGUCAGGCAGUUCAAGCCCAAGGCAUUGGGGUAUGCGGAGUUGGUACAGUGAUGAAGCUCAUUCAGAGAAAUCUCACCUACGUAUAGAUAAUGCUGAGGUUGUGUGGCCCUCUUGGAGGAGUAAAUGCCUUGCAGGCACAUCUAUGAUUCAACCUCUAGCCGGAGCUUUGCAAGAUCACCUGUUCAGUAUCUCUCAACUAGCUCUUGAUCACGAACAUCCGGAUGUUGCAUUUCCUCUGCAGUCUCCAAAAUUAUUGAACUCUCCUAGUCUUAAGGCGUCUCUCUCGAAGAUGCAUGGUCUUCUUCAUGAAGAAAUUGAAUCCUUCUGCAAGCAGGUUGCCGCAGAAAAUCAGGUAAAGAAGCCAUUCAUCAAUUGGGCUGUCAAUAGGGUUGCGCAUUCUCUCCAGGUUCUCUGGCCUCGUUCCAGGACAAAGAUCUUUGGUUCCAAUGCAACUGGUUUAGCUCUUCCCACAAGUGAUGUUGAUCUUGUUGUUUGUCUCCCUCCAGUUCGGAAUUUGGAACCCAUUAAAGAAGCUGGGAUUCUGGAGGGUCGUAAUGGUAUAAAGGAAACUUGUCUUCAGCAUGCAGCACGUUACCUGGCCAACCAAGAAUGGGUUAAAAGUGAUUCUCUUAAAGUCGUGGAAAACACUGCUAUUCCCAUUAUCAUGCUUGUGGCUGAAGUUCCUCGUGACCUUGACAAUGAUAACACAAGUAAUUGUCUGUUGCAUUCCUCAAAAGAUGGAACACAUCAACUAACUGAUGAUCAUGGCAUGGCUGCUGAUGUUUACAAAUCUGGUUCAGAGUGUUCUGUGCCAAAUUGUACAGAAAAUAGACCUGGGGACGCUGGAGAUAGGAAAUCAGUUCGAGUGGACAUCAGUUUUGAGUCAUCAUCACAUACAGGGCUUCAAACUACUGAAUUGGUUAGAGAGCUCACUGGGCAGUUUCCUGCAGCGAUACCUCUUGCUAUGGUACUGAAGCAGUUCUUGGCAUGCCGUAGCUUAGAUCACUCCUACUCAGGUGGCCUAAGUUCAUAUUGCUUGGUGUUACUGAUUAUACGGUUCCUUCAGCAUGAGCAUCAUUUAGGUCGGUUGCUAAAUCAGAACUUAGGGAGCUUUCUGAUGGAUUUCCUUUACUUCUUUGGAAGUGUGUUUGAUCCACGACAAAUGCGUAUUUCAAUCCAAGGAAGUGGAGUUUAUUUGAGUAGAGAAAGAGGUCCUAGCAUUGAUCCUUUGCACAUUGAUGAUCCUCUUUAUCCGACAAAUAACAUAGGGAGGAACUGCUUUCGCAUACUUCAAUGUAUUAAGGCAUUUGCAGAUGCUUACUCCAUUUUGGAAGAGGAGAUCGUUUGCUUAUCUGCAGAUGUAAGUGAUGGAAAAUCAUGCAGAAUUCUUUCGAAGAUUAUUCCCCGCAUAGGCCAAUUUUAGGAAGGACAAAUCACAUGGGAGCUAUGGUCAGAUCAAGGUGUUUCAAGCUCAAAAGCACUACUUUGAAAGGAGUGGAUCCCUUCUGGGAGGAAAUGAUUGGGAAGAAGAAACUGAUUGAUUGUCCAACCAUCUGAGAGAAACUGAUUGGGCUGAAGAAAUCAACCAAAAACCUAUCUCCUCAGGGAUUAUCAGGCAGUUGGAGGAGAAUGGAUGGGCAUUCACUUCUGUGCAGUAGUUUGCAUCAUAUAAUGAAGGGACUGAGGAGAGGUGGGGAGCAUUUUUGUGCUACAUUACUCAUGGUCAAUGUUCAAGAAGAUUCUCAAGGUUGCUGUGGUUAGGAAACCCUAAAGGACGAACUCCAGUGUUAGUUGCUAAAGUUGUACAUAUAAAGUUAUGACUUUCUGGAAACAACCUGCAUUUGGAGUGCUAAGGAAAAUAGACCUAUGCGACAAUGAGUAUGAUGUUGGUUCCGAGUUGGAGAUGGCUACCCUCACAGGUAACUUUGAGGAAAACCAAAAUAUUGAAAAUCUCCCAGGAACCUGCAGAAUUUUGCAGGGCCAGUAUCCGUCACUUACUGAGACCUAAGUUUAUUUCUUGUUUUGGAAAGUUGUAAUCAUGGAAACCAGUUUGCAUUGUCAGAGAAGAUGAUGUACAGUCAGCUUGUUAAAUGCAUUCACAGUGGCAGAAAUACCUAAUAUGUGAGUAUUUGAUUACCUGUUCAAUGCUUAUUUAAUCCAUGAUCGUAUCUUUGAGAACAACCUUUUGAGUUAGAGAAAUAACUGUAUCAUAUUCAUGUGUGAGACAGAAUUGGUAGCAGUUUUGGUAAGUGUGUUCUACAAUUAGAGAAAACAUUUAGGGCAGUGUUUGUCAAGUGUAUGAUGAAUUCAUGACAUUCUUUCUCGCA